CACCCCUAGUUCCCGCAGUGGCGUGCAGUUGCGACUGUGUGCGUCAGCGAAACGGAGUAACGUGACAGAAAGAAACGUCCUGGUGUUAUCGUUGUGCGAAAACUCAGGAUUACCGCAACGUCGAUUUAAUUAUCAAAUCGCCUUGACCGCUGCACAUUAAUCCAACAAUUCCAGUGACCAGAAACCGUUGAAUCUCUCGUGGGUGUGUGCGAAAAACCCCAAGAAAUUUACUCAAUCAAGCCGAAAUAAUUGACUCAUAACGUCAAGUUAUUUGUAGGGACUUUGUACACAUACUGUUGGAGCUUUUGGUGAUCACCAGACAAGCGGGACAGAGCUCCGAACAGCUGAUGCUUCACAGCCACCGGCGAAAUGUCAAAAUCAAGGGAAAUUACACUCAGGGUCCAGUCGCCAGAGGGAACAAAAAGGAUUGACGUCGAUCCCACUGACAGUCUUUCCCAGCUCUUUGAAAAGGUUUACGAAGCAUUUCAACUCAACAGCUUUGGAUUCAGCCUCUACAAGGAGAGAAAUCACAAGAAUGAGAUACUCUCAUCGAAAAGCAAAUCGAUAGCCGCCUGUGGCCUCGGCCACGGAGACAUGCUCUACCUUGCCCCUCUCAAUGGUGCUUUUCUAUGGAAUAAUUCAUCUAGCAACACCUCUGCUCAAAAUUCCACUGGAAGCACUGAUGUGACACCCAUGGAAGUGACCCCCAGCACUAGUCGGGGCACGAGUGGACGACCCACUGUCACAGCUCGACCUCUUGCUAAUGUCGAUGAGGAUGAAGUGGACCAGCAGCUUUGGAAAAUGGAUGGGAAAAUUCAGCGGAAACGCGAUGAGAAAUUGUGCAGGCAUGGGGCUAAUGGAUGCUGCGUCCACUGCUCACCGCUAGAACCGUUCGAUGAGGCUUAUUUGAAAGAACAGAAUGUCAAACAUUUGUCUUUUCACUCUUAUCUCAGGAAACUCACUGCCGGAGUAGACAGAGGGAAGUUCCUACAAUUAGAGGACAUAAGCUGUCGUAUAAAGAGAGGCUGCAAGGACCAUCCCCCUUGGCCACGCGGUAUCUGCAGCAAAUGCCAGCCCAACGCAAUAACACUCAAUCGUCAGCCUUACCGUCACAUCGAUAACGUUGUUUUCGAGAAUGCAAGUUUAGUCGAGCGUUUCCUCAACUACUGGCGAAGUACUGGUCACCAACGUCUGGGCUAUCUGUACGGUAGAUACGAGAUUCACGCGGAUGUGCCACUUGGGAUAAGGGCAGUGGUGGCAGCGAUCUACGAGCCACCCCAGGAGAGCACGAGGGACUCGAUUGUACUUCUCCCAGACGAUACGGACACUCUUGUUGAGGAAGUGGCACGCAAGCUCGAUCUGAGGAGAGUUGGCUGGAUUUUUACUGACUUGAUCGCUGAUGAUGUCAAGAGGGGCACUGUCAAACACGUUAGGAAUAUUGAGAGCCAUUUCCUCACUGCUCAAGAGUGCAUCAUGGCUGGACAUUAUCAGAAUCAACAUCCCAAUCCCUGUCGGUUCUCACCUAGCGGAUCUUUUGGAUCGAAAUUUGUCACUGUCUGCGUAACAGGUGAUGACAAGAACCAAGUACACAUGGAGGGUUACCAGGUCUCCAAUCAGUGCAUGGCCCUCGUACGAGACGGUUGUUUUGUGCCAACGAAAGACGCCCCAGAGCUAGGCUACGUCAUCGAGUCCACGGACAAGCAAUACGUCCCAGAUGUUUACUACAAGGAGAAAGAUUCAUAUGGGAAUGAAGUGUCGAGAUUAGCUAGACCGCUCCCAGUUGAGUACUUACUGGUCGAUGUGCCGGCAUCCACACCCCUGACGCCCCAAUUCACAUUCUACGCCAGUGAAAACAUCAAUCCGUUUCCAGUUGAAAACAGACUGGUGGACGGCCAGAUCCAGGAGUUCAGUUCACUGUGCACGUACAUGCAGCAGUUCACCUCGGAUCAAUUCAUGGAGGCUAUUUCAGAUUUUCACUUGCUCCUGUUCAUCGCCACGAUGGACAUGCUCCCCAUGAUGGAGCACAUGCCGGAGUUGCUCGAGGCAAUCCGAACCAACGACAGAGAGAAGGCAGCGGAGUGGGCCAAGAGUGAACACUGGGCGACUGUUGAACAGCUCAUAUCAGCCACUACUGCCUCCUCACCGAUAUCCUCACAGCGAACUGGCUUCGGUGGUAGUGGAUCGAGAUCCAGUGGAUCAUUGGCUGCUGGCAGUGGUGGAAUGGGCGUUGGUGUGGACACCAAUGUCAAUGCAUCCUCCAACCAGCCACUGUGGACGUGUCCACACUGCACAUUCUUGAAUCCAGCUGAGAUAGGCACCUGCGAAAUGUGUAGUUUGCCGAGGAUGUAGUGCAUGUAGCACAGUGAAUGCAACGUUUUUUUACUCCUCUGCCUUAUUUAUAUAGAAAAUAAAGCCGAGAAACUGUUGAGAAUUCAGCCCACAGGCAACUCAGUUUCAGCACCUUUUUUUUGUUCUUUUUGAGAAACUUUAUUUGGUUUAAAUUAUAAUUGUGAGAAAACACAGAAAAAAAUCCUUGUGAUUUCUAGGAUGCUCCUCUGAGACGAGCGCUGAAGAAUCGGUUAUAACAAUUUUUACGUACAUCCGAGCUACGACUGAUUACAACUGAAUAUUUAAGAGAGAAAAAAAUAAAACGAAAAAUUAAAUGACAUGUGAAUGGCA